UACAGAAAGAAUAGCCGAGGAGCACGCCGAGGUUCAAAAUGGCCGGUGGUGCCUUCGCUGUGGAUACACCAAACAAUGGUUUCGCUGGGAAGAUCACGCUCUCAAUUAUCAUCAGUUGCAUCGUUGCUGCAUCCAGUGGACUCCUUUUUGGAUAUGACAUCGGAAUUUCAGGAGGUGUGACAACAAUGGUACCAUUUCUGCAAAAAUUCUUUCCAGACAUACUGAGAAAGGCUGCUGGUUCGGAAGUAAAUAUAUAUUGCGUUUACGACAGUCAAGUGUUGACAUUGUUUACGUCUUCUCUUUACCUUGCUGGGUUGAUAUCAUCUCUUGGAGCUAGUCGUGUCACAAUGGCACUGGGACGAAGAAACACCAUUCUCCUUGGUGGAACCAUCUUUUUCAUUGGUGGUUCCCUUAAUGGAGGCGCUGAAAAUAUUCCCAUGCUCAUUUUAGGUCGUAUCUUACUUGGAUUUGGAGUUGGUUUUACCAAUCAAGCAACGCCGUUGUACCUUUCUGAAAUCGCUCCAGCAAAAUGGCGAGGAGCUUUCAACGCAGGGUUCCAAUUCUUCAUAUCGAUCGGAGUGGUCGCUGCAGGCUGCAUAAACUAUGGAACCGCAAAGCACACGUGGGGUUGGCGAGUCUCUCUUGGGCUGGCCGUGGUGCCUGCAGCAAUUAUGACAAUGGGUGCAUUCCUUAUAACUGACACCCCAAGUAGCUUGGUUGAGCGUGGCAAAAUAGACCAAGCCAGAAGAGCCUUGCACAAAGCCAGGGGAUCCUCCACCGAUGUUGAACCCGAAUUGGAAGAACUCAUUAGGUGGUCAAAAAUUGCAAAAUCUGUGGAGCAGGAACCCUUCAAGACCAUAUUUGAGAGGAAGUAUCGACCCCAGUUGGUCAUGGCUUUUGCUAUCCCAUUUUUUCAACAAAUGACAGGAAUUAACAUAGUCGCAUUCUAUUCUCCUAACCUCUUUCAAUCAGUGGGUUUGGGACACGAUGCCGCUUUACUUUCUGCCGUCAUCCUCGGAGCAGUCAACGUUGCUUCUCUUCUCGUCUCUAUUGGUAUUGUUGAUCGGUUUGGGAGAAGGUUCCUGUUCAUAACUGGCGGUAUAUGCAUGUUUCUUUGCCAGGUUGCGGUGUCUGUUUUGCUAGCAGUGUCGACUGGUGUUCAUGGUACAAAGGAGAUAUCGAAGAGCAAUGCAGUUCUGGUGUUGGUGCUACUGUGUUUCUACACUGCAGGAUUUGGUUGGUCGUGGGGUCCUCUCAGUUGGCUAAUUCCAAGUGAAAUUUUCCCCUUAAAAAUCAGAACCACAGGACAAAGCAUAGCUAUUGCCGUGCAAUUCAUAGUCGUAUUUAUAUUGUCCCAGACAUUCUUGUCAAUGCUAUGCCACUUUAAGUUUGGUGCCUUCUUGUUUUAUGGGGGUUGGAUUGUGGUGAUGACCGUCUUUAUUAUAUUUUUCUUGCCAGAAACAAAAGGGAUUCCUUUGGAAUCAAUGUACAGCAUAUGGGGUAAACACUGGUUCUGGCGUCGGUUUGUGAAAGAAGAAGCUGCCCAAGAAAAUCUUCCUUCAAACAUAACUUAGGUAUAUAUACUGUUGUUUGUAAGGAAUAGUAAAAAAGAAAAUUAGCUUCUCCAGCCGCAGAUGAA